AUGUGUGCUCUCUCAAAAAUUAGUGACACAGAAUACCAAACACAGAAUAUUAAAAAAAAUGAUCUAUAUUAUUCUGCCUAUUUAUAUGUACAACAUUUAUUUCUUCUGUCUAUCACUUCUCUCUCUCUCUCUCUCUCUCUCUUUUUUCUUUCUCUUUAUUUCUGUUCUUUUCCUUUUGUCUUAGAUCUCUCUCUUUCUGCCUUUUUCUCUCUUUCUCUUUCUGCCUUUUUCUCCCUUUCUCUUUCUGCCUUUUUCUCUCUUUCUCUUUCUGCCUUUUUCUCCCUUUCUCUUUCUGCCUUUUUCUCCCUUUCUCUUUCUGCCUUUUUCUCUCUUUCUCUUUCUGCCUUUUUCUCCCUUUCUCUUUCUGCCUUUUUCUCUCUUUCCUCUCUCUGUCUGUCUUUUUCUCUCUGUAUCUUCCUUCUCUCUUUUCUUUCUCUGCCUGCCCAUCUUAUUCUUUCUUUUCUCUGUCCAUCUUAUUCUUUCUGUCUAUCUAUUUUUCUCUUAUCUCUCAGUCCGUCUUUUCUUCUCACUCUUUUUUUUUUCUUCUCACAAUAUUUCCUUUUCCUCCCCUCUGCCAUUCUUUUUCUUUCUUCUCUCUGCCAUGACUAA